GCCAGAAUCAAGGGCACAGACCCCACAUCUGCUUCAGCCAGCCAUCUCCCGUGAGGAGCCGACUGCCUGUGUCCCGGGACCCACCAGCAGUCCUUGGCCCCCAGUAGAAUGUCCACAAAGGAUUUGAGUAGUUCUGUGUCUCCCUCCUCCUCACGGCCUAGUGUCACAGCAAAACUCAUCAAUGGAGGUGUGGCAGGGCUUGUUGGGGUCACAUGUGUGUUCCCCAUCGACUUGGCCAAGACUCGGCUGCAGAACCAGCAUGGAAAAGACAUCUACAAAGGAAUGAUAGACUGCCUGAUGAAAACUGCCAGGGCUGACGGCUUCUUGGGGAUGUACCGAGGAGCUGCAGUGAACUUAACCUUGGUCACUCCAGAGAAGGCCAUCAAGCUGGCUGCCAAUGACUUCUUCCGGCAGCUGCUAAUGGAGGAUGGGAUGCAGCGGAAUCUGAAGAUGGAGAUGCUAGCUGGAUGCGGAGCUGGAAUAUGCCAGGUGGUGGUUACCUGUCCCAUGGAAAUGCUCAAGAUUCAGCUGCAAGAUGCUGGGCGCUUGGCAGCUCAUCGUCAGGGCUCGGCCUCAGCACCAGCACCUUCCUCCUCCAGAUCCUAUAGUACGGGUUCGGCUUCCACCCACAAGCGCCCGUCCGCCACCCUUAUCGCCUGGGAGCUACUCCGCACCCAGGGCCUGGCUGGUCUCUACAAGGGUCUGGGUGCCACUCUCCUCAGAGACAUCCCCUUCUCCAUCAUCUACUUUCCACUGUUCGCCAACCUUAACAACCUCGGGUUCAACGAGAGCACGGGGAAGGCUUCCUUUGCGCAUUCCUUUGUGUCAGGCUGUGUUGCAGGUUCUGUAGCCGCUGUCACAGUAACACCUCUGGACGUUUUGAAAACGCGAAUCCAAACCCUCAGAAAAGGCCUGGGCGAGGACAGCUACAGCGGGAUCACUGACUGCGCCAGGAAACUCUGGAUUCAGGAGGGACCAUCUGCCCUCAUGAAGGGAGCAGGCUGCCGGGCCCUUGUCAUAGCCCCUCUCUUUGGGAUUGCCCAAGGGGUCUACUUCAUUGGUAUUGGGGAGCGGAUCUUAAAGUGUUUCGAGUAGAGAUAGCUGGAGCCCAAGUCCCCUGCUAGACUUCAGCUAGAUGGGGAUGAGCAAGAUGGCCCAUCCAGGUUGUAUUUUGUCCUCUAACUUGUAGUGCUACCUCAAUCUCUGAAGAAACACUCUUAUUCUAAUAAGCAAGCUGGGUACAGUCCCUUUCUCCCUUCACAUCUGCUGCCUUUUCUUUGGGGCUACAACUACCAGCGAGCUCCAGCAGCUCCUAACCACCUACUUUUCAAUAAGAGAAACAGGACUCGUGUGGGUUGGAUUAACUGCAGACCCUUAACACAUAAUAAAGAUAGGAGGGUCCUUUCUACAUUUUCCUUUUCUACUUCACACUCAAACUCCAUACACUUGAGUCAGUUUGAGGAUUUAGAGUUAAUUCUGAAUUAAAUAACUUAUGGUUAGUUCUAGCACUGAUUUUGGGCAAGGGGAGGAUCAGAAGUUCAAUGGGACCAUGAAAGCCCUCAAAGUCAGCACAGAGUUGGAAACCAAGCAGAUCUUUUCAAAUCGUGAUGGCUGCAGGAUUAGGGUGACUAACCAGGCCACAGGGGCCAAGGCAGGGCAGCUGCCCCACCCUCACCCCCACCCUGGCAGGUCCUCCCUCUAGGGCACAGCUCUCCCACCCUGUCCAUGGAACAUGGUUUUAAAUAAAAUGGAUUCAGAUCUCAA